GGCGGAGGCGGGGUCGGAGCGGGCAGGGGGCGUUACCGCGGCCUGUGAUGUCACUGUCGCGGCGGACCCCGGUGAUCCCCGGCCAGCAGUGUCGCUCGGUUGUGCGCCGGCGAUCAGAGCGGGCAGCUCGCUCAUGAGUCAUGGACUUCCCCUGGCCCCUCCUCGACCACUCCCACUCCCUCUCAUGGCCCCCCCGUAGGGGCUAACGCGGGCGCGGCGGCUCCGAGGGGGUGGGGCUGCUGGGAAUGGCUGUGCCCCCUUCAGCUCCUGUGCCGUGCUCGCCCUUUUACCUGCGGAGGCAGGCGCCCUGCCCGCAGUGCUCAUGGGGCAUGGAGGAAAAGGCGGUGGCCAGUGCCGGCUGCUGGGAACCACCAGGGUCCCCGAGAGCCGCCGUCCCGUGCUACGGCGUCGCGGUGGACCAGGACAACAUCCUCCCUGGUGCCCUGCGCCUCAUCCGGGAGCUGCGGCCGCACUGGAAGCCGGAACAAGUUCGGACUAAGCGCUUCAAAGACGGCAUCACCAACAAGCUAGUGGCCUGCUAUGUGGAGGAGGACAUGCGGGACUGCGUGCUGGUCCGAGUGUACGGGGAGCGGACGGAGUUGCUCGUGGACCGAGAGAACGAGGUCAGGAACUUCCAACUGCUGCGAGCACACGGCUGCGCCCCCAAACUCUACUGCACCUUUCGGAACGGACUGUGCUAUGAGUACGUGCAGGGUGUGGCCCUGGGCCCAGAGCACAUCCGACAGCCCCAGCUUUUCAGGUUAAUCGCCUUAGAAAUGGCCAAGAUUCACGCCAUCCAGGCCAAUGGCAGCCUGCCUAAGCCCUCCCUCUGGCAUAAGAUGCACCGUUAUUUCACGCUGGUCAAGGAUGAGAUCAACCCCAGCCUUUCUGCAGAUGUCCCUAAGGUGGAGGUAUUGGAACAGGAGCUGGCCUGGCUGAAGGAACACCUGUCCCAACUGGAUUCCCCUGUGGUGUUCUGUCACAACGACCUGCUUUGUAAGAAUAUCAUCUACGACAGUGCCAAAGGCCAAGUGCGGUUCAUCGACUAUGAAUAUGCAGGGUACAACUACCAGGCUUUUGACAUUGGCAACCAUUUCAAUGAGUUUGCAGGUGUGAACGAGGUUGAUUACUGCCGGUAUCCAGCUCGGGAGAUCCAGCUGCAGUGGCUGCGAUACUAUCUUGAGGCACAGAAGGGGACAGCUGCGACCCCCAAGGAGGUGGAGCGGCUUUAUGCGCAAGUCAACAAAUUUGCUCUGGCCUCCCACUUCUUCUGGGCCCUCUGGGCACUCAUACAGAACCAGUACUCCACCAUCAGCUUUGACUUCCUCAGGUAUGCAGUGAUCCGAUUCAACCAGUACUUUAAGGUGAAGCCUCAGGUGUUAGCCUUGGAGAUGCCAAAGUGACCAGCCUCCUUGUUCCUUCGUGUCCUGCUGCUGCUG